AUGCUUGCUGUCAUUGAUGUCCGAAAAUGUCGACACGUGGGCCACGUCGACCGGAGCCUUGUGUGCAGGACAACUGUGGCUCUCGGCGAUUCCACGUGGGAGAAGAUGGCUUCACGUACUGUGAUCGAGGUCACCAACAGUCUGACGUACGCAAUCUUUUCAGAUCCAAGGCUUCGUAUGCCCACAGUAAAUGCUAACAAGGCGCAGAGAGGCACAUUAAUAGCAGCAGAUACUGGCGAGCUGGUCAUCAAAGGGCCCAAGACGCUAGUUCACGAUCUUUGGGCCCUUCGACUGCAAAAACUGCAGCAUCGAGUGUCAUACGAGUCCGAGACAGAGACAGAGACUCAAUCACAAUUCUACAGCUCGCAAUCUGAGGGCGAAACUUCAGCAACCGAGAGCUCAAGACGAACUCGAGGCAGAAGUCAGACUGGCGACGGGAAGAUUAGCGAGGGCACGCCAAAUGUGCUUGAUACGCUGACGUUAUGCUAUACCGGCAUACUACUCCUUCGCGAGCCCGUCACCCUAAGCGAUAUCCAUCAUUGGUGUCAAAAUGGCGAGCUGCUGUACCACCGUGCUGCAAAGGAGAUUCCGCUGGGCAUGAGGGAACGUCUGCCAGCUACUUACCAGGACUUACUCGAUCCACAACCGAUUGGUAAGCCAGAGAAGCUACACGCUACUGUGCUCGAAGGCUUAAGGACCAUGCGAACAGCGUUCGGUAUGGCGUUUCCUCCUGUCAACCAUGUCCUCGUCUUGCAUCGGUGGACACGCGACCUUGCUUUACCCAUAGAAGUAUAUGCAGCUACCACGAGGCUUGCCCGCGUGCUGAAGCUCGACUUCGCUUUCGAAGUGGACUAUCGUGCUGGUGCGAGGGAUGUUAUGUUGAGGUAUCCCGAGAUUCGACUCAUGUCAUUGCUGGUUGUGGCUACGAAGCUCUUGUUUCCAGUAGACGACAUCGAUCGAUACCCGUCUUCUUCUGUCGAUGUUUCGGCCUUGCGCAUGGACUGGACUGCGUGGACGAACGCACAAUCCAACACCUCACGAGAUGAACAGCAGCCGGACCUGGCUAGCGAAGAUGCGAUGAACUACGCCCAGAAGGACGUCCUCGAUGCUGCAGAACAUCAGCUGGACCAAUACAUGGACUGGUUCGAGAGAGAUAUCGCAAGCGAGGAAAAUCGAGAGCGCGGUCGAGCUGAUAAAGAAGCAGACUUCAGGCGCACGAUGUUCAGAAUGUUUCCAGCUGAUCGUUCAGCUGUUGAAACACCACGUCUUGAUGAUCCAGAGCCUGCAGAGCUCAUCGCAGAGCGACUGCGACAGACUCAAACACUCCUGACUCCGAAACAAAUCGUGGUGUCUGAACAGGAAGCCGACCGUAUAGGUAGCUUCUACAGGCGGACGAGGACGGUCGACGAGCUGUCGGGAGCCGCACUCGUCCUUUUCGGGCGAGCGUCGAGGCUGGUAGGCUCCUCGCUCGGAGGCAUGGUUAAGGCUGUAUCCCUGAUCGAAGAGCAAGUGAAGAGACAGGAGGAGAGACUGAGAAGGGAUGGCUACGAUUGA